AAUAUGACUUUUACUGAGUAAUGUUAUAAUUUUUCUCCAAAUAGGCGAUUUAAUAACAAUGUCAUAGGACGUUGAUGAAAUAACAAAUGAAACUAGUCAGAUAUUAUUCUCAGCAGACUUUUGGUUCUAUUAGGCUUUAAACUUAUAUUAUAUUAGGUUAUUAUUGUAUAAUACCAAACUAAGGCUACACAAAAUAGCAUGAUACAGCACACCUUUAUAAGCUUAUCUUUAAUGGGGUGUGUGCGUAAAAGCUUUUUAAUUUUGGAAUGUUGUAGGUUCGGCCAUAACUUUGUCUGGUUCGAAUAAAUAUUUAUUGACAAUGAAAAUAUGAAAGGUUUGAACAUUUUCACAGAAGAUGAAAGAGGUUACAUACUACGAUGGAAAGCUACCCAGAGCAUUAGUUUUAAGGAAGUAUAUCUGAAUAAUUUACAUUCCUUGGCGCCAUAGAAAGAAUGCAGUUUAUGACAUUUGGUUUCGUUAAUAAGCCCCAAUAUGUCGGCGUUAUCCUGGUUAAGUUCAGCCGCUGUAUGUUUUGUUGUGAGUAUCAUUGGCAAUGCUUAUUACCCUAUAACAUAUGUGUAAAUAUACUCGUUAAAUGUGUGUUUUGGGAUAAUUAUUUAUUGGAUUUACUGACCUAUACUAAAGGGACAGAUACUUCCAAUGGUUUUUAGUUUAGCCUACUCUCCCUUUCCAUAGCCCUACAUUUAUAUCAGCAGUAAUUGUAUAAAAUAAUAAUAAUUUGCUUUUAAAACUAGACAUUGUUACGUUUUAAGACAGAGACCCUCGAGCAUUUAAUAGCCAAAGGGAUUGAUUUAUCCUUUAUUGUUCAGCCUUUAUGAUCACGUGCACGCGUCACCCAAUCGAAUGGCAGCCCUGCUUCCCAACUAUUAGUCGACUGUAGAUCUUUGUGGUGCCAAGUUGCUAUACUUGAUUUCUUCAGAUUGUUAUUUUGUAAAAGUGGGGUUUAGUGCGUGUGUAUGUGUGUGUGGCGCGUGUGGCGCGCUUGUUUUUGUAUGUAUCUGUGUAUGUGUGCGUACAUGUGAAAGUCUCUUUUGCCAUGUCGACAUCUGGAACGUUGACUAGCUACUACGUCGACUCCCUCAUCUUUCCCGAGAGCGAGGAGCUCUCCGCGCCCAGAUACCCCUCCGGUCCGGGGGGGCUCCAGCAUGCGAGGCAGCUCACCUCGCUCACCGAUCACACCGAGCAUGGGCCCUGCACCUUCCCAACCAAAGCCCCGGUCUUCAGCCCGUCCUGGGGCCAUGUAUCGACCCAGUUUCCAGGCGCCGUGUCAUCUGUGUACCACCACCCGUAUGGGAAUCACCAAGGCCCGGCUCCAGGUGACGUGGAGGGUCGCUACAUGCAGUCCUGGCUGCUUGAGCCCAUUUCAGGGUCCUUGCCUUUGACCGGAUUACCGACAAGUCAUCACUACGGGGUCAAACCGGAGAGCCUGGGCGCGCGAGUGGACAGUGCGCUGCCUGGAUCCCACACCGCACUGCUCCUGUCCGACUUCGCCAACGGGACGGUGGCGACGGCGUCCCCGGUGGACAAGGACACACUAUCUGGCCAGACCGCGAACCUGAACGGGGAGAUAGAAGAGAAACCGGCCCUCGAUCCAAAUAACCCGGUAUCUAACUGGCUCCACGCAAGCGCCACGAGAAAAAAGCGCUGUCCAUACACCAAGCACCAGAUCCUUGAGCUGGAGAAAGAGUUCCUCUUUAACACGUACCUCACGCGGGACCGUAGGUUCGAGGUCGCGAGGCAGCUCAACCUUACGGACAGACAGGUCAAAAUCUGGUUUCAGAACCGCAGAAUGAAGAUGAAGAAAUUUAAUAAAGAUGGUGGACCAAAGGAUGAUUUAUAGGUACCUAUGAUUGAUUGAAUGAUAACGUAAAAAAUAUCACAAAUAAGGCAUAUCUGUGAAAAAACUGUAUUUUUUAAAGUCUUUCUCUUAUUGUUUUAUUCCAAACAGAAGCUGUUAUGUGUCUUGUAAAAAGCAUGUCCGGCUCUACUCGUCGGUUUGAUGCAACUACCUUUAUAUUGCACAAUUUAACAGUGCGCAUAAUUGUUUUGUUAUUGUUAUUAGGAUGUUAAUUAGUUAAGGCCUCGGCUGCAAGUGUCAUUGUGUAAGACGUGUAUUAGUAGGCCUGUUCUCUGUGCUCGUUUGUGUAUGGAUGUUUGUAGCUAUGUGUGUGUUCUCUGGUUUGUAGAUAUGUGUAUUUCCAGUUCAACUGAAUUUAGUUUAAAAUGUGAUUUCGUUUUUUUUCUUCUUGUCAUUAUUUCAAUUACUGGUAACGUUGAGUUAUGAUCUAACGUUGGAGCGAUAGGCUAAUGUCUGACUGCUAACGUGAUGGUAGCAUUUUGAAGUGGGUGCAGGGGUAUCAUAAACCUCUUUAAAAUGCAUAUGGACCUAUUGAUAAUAUUACUAGAAGCUACAUAACAAUUAUAUUGUGUUGACUACCUAGACGUCUAUCAACUACCUAUAAUUGCAAGAACCUAUUUCAUUUAUGAAGAAACAUAAUGCUUGUAUAGAUAGGGCACUAUGUCUGAAUUUCAGGGAGUAACAUUUUAGAGGACAUAUUGGUUAGAGAGAGAGAGAGAGAGAGAGAGAGAGAGAGAGAGAGAGAGAGAGAGAGAGAGAGAGAGAGAGAGAGAGAGAGAGAGAGAGAGAGAGAGAGAGAGAGAGAGGGGGACAUUUAAAAAACACUGGAGGCAACGUUCUGAAUACCUCAUGGUCUGGAGACGUUCAGAUGUUUGGUUCUCAAAUGUAAUUUGUACUUUAUUUAUUGAAUAAAACAAAUGAUA